AAUAUCAGAGUCAUGGCAGAAGUUCCUCAGCAUUGUCCGGGCACCAGCAGUGAACAAGCUGGCAAAUCUUCAGCGUGCCAAGGAUGCCCAAACCAGAACAUUUGUGCCUCUGGUGCCCCCAAAGCUCCAGAUCCGGCCAUAGAGGAGAUCAAGCAGAAAAUGGCCACUGUGAAGCACAAAAUCCUCGUUCUUUCUGGCAAAGGGGGCGUCGGGAAAAGCACGUUCAGCGCUCACCUGGCUCGUGCUCUGGCUAGUGAUGAAUCCAAAGAGGUGGCCCUGCUGGAUGUAGACAUUUGUGGACCAUCAAUUCCAAAAAUAAUGGGGCUCGAGGGAGAGCAGGUUCAUCAGAGUGGCUCAGGCUGGUCUCCUGUGUAUGUAGAAGACAACCUGGCCGUCAUGUCCGUCGGCUUUCUGCUCAGCAGCCCUGACGAUGCCGUUAUCUGGAGGGGCCCCAAAAAGAACGGUAUGAUAAAGCAGUUCCUGAGGGACGUGGACUGGGGCGAGCUGGACUACCUGAUUGUAGACACACCACCAGGAACCUCAGACGAACACUUGUCAGUAGUGCAGUACCUCAGCGGUGCGGGCAUCGAUGGGGCAGUUAUUAUAACUACACCUCAGGAAGUGUCUCUGCAGGAUGUAAGAAAGGAGAUUCGGUUCUGCCAGAAAGUAAAGCUGCCCAUAAUCGGCGUGGUGGAGAACAUGAGCGGCUUCGUUUGUCCCAAGUGCAAAAAUACCUCCCAGAUCUUUCCUCCUACCACAGGAGGCGCUCAGAAGAUGUGCGAGGAGCUGGCUUUACCUCUGCUGGGCCGAGUACCUCUGGACCCACGAAUAGGGAGAAGCUGCGACGAGGGAAAGUCAUUCCUGACCGAAGUGCCGGAUUCUCCGGCGGCUGCAGCCUAUCAGGCUAUAGUGCACGGUAUCAAAAAUUACCUCAAUUCCAAAUUGACGUCGGACACGAACGUGGACUAGAUCUGACCGAUGGCGGAGGUACACUGGAUGAACGUCAUGGUGUCAUUUUAGAUGUUUAUCAAUCACAGUUGGUUUUCUACUAAGCACUUAUGAUAAUUAAACACAGAAUGUCUUUAAAGUUUUUGGACUGUGAUGAUCGGAAGUCACAGACACACAAUAUCUGAUAUUUGAGCAGGAUAUCAAAACAGAAUGGUCAUAAAUCAUUAAAUUCACUCCAAAAUCAUACCAGGUUUACACAUUUCUUGUCCAACUACAUGCUGUAUUUAAGAGAUUCCUAAAAUAAAGUUAUACCACUGAGCUUUUAAAGCUCUGAUAGUGAUUAGACUGACGUUUUCUUAAACUGAAACACAAAAUUAUGGCUGUAAGUGACAAUACAGUUUCAGUACAGUUCAACCUCCCAACAAAAUAAGGAUUUAUAACUAUAAACUUUCCUACAGAGCAUUUUUUUAAUCAAAUUCCUUCAGUAGUCGCAGUAAAACCUCAGUGAGGCUCUGAUGGACUUGAGUACUUCAGAAUAAUUCCUGGUAUGUAACUUUGAGGACCUCUCUGAUAGAAAUAUUACUGCUAAUGCUUUGUGGUGAAUUGUUUUAUGAAGCCAUCUGCCCUGUGUGUUUUGUUUGAGUCAUUAAAUCACGUCACAAUCAUUGCGAGAACUCUGGACUUAUUUUUAUUAGUAAUUUAGACAUGAUGCAAUACAAGGACACUUAUUUUUCAUGUUGUUAUUACUGAUUGAUUUUAUUUUAAUAAAGAACGUGACACUGCAGUUUUAAAUACAGCGUGUUGAGAGUAUAAUAAUGUACGUGUGACGUUUAAUGAUCUAUUUGUUGUAAUGAGGAUAAUAAAAUGAGAGUAGAAGUACAUAA